AUGGCAUCAGUGUGGUCCUGCUGGCUCCUCCUGCUGCUCCUGCCUGCCCUGACCCAUGCUGGGGGGCCUGGUCCUGUCCUCGUCAACCGCCCCUUUGUCACCAUCUGGAACAUCCCCACUGCGCGCUGCGCCCAGGAGCACAAUGUCACCCUCAGCCUGGAGGUCUUUGAUGUGUUGGCCAAUGACCAGGAGUCCUUCACCGGGCAGGACAUCACCCUCUUCUACAGCGACAAGAUAGGUCUCUUCCCCUACUACACAUCUGAGGGGGUGCCAGUGAAUGGGGGGCUCCCCCAGAAUGCCAGCCUGGAGGCUCACAUCCACCAGGCCACCCAGGACAUCAAGAUGACCCUGCCCAGCCCUGACUAUGCUGGGCUGGCUGUCAUUGACUGGGAGAAGUGGCGCCCACUGUGGAUCCGUAACUGGGACUCCAUGGAGAUCUACCAGCAGAAGUCGGAGGAGCUGGUGCGGCAGCAGCACCCGCAGUGGCCUCCCAAGGAGGUGGAGGCGAUGGCCAAGCAGCAGUUUGAGAAGAGCGCCUGCGAUUUCAUGAACAAGACCCUGUGGCUGGGUGAGAGCCUCCGUCCCAGCGCCUACUGGGGCUUCUAUGGUUUCCCCGACUGCUACAACAAUCACUUUGAUUUGCCCUACAACGGGACGUGCCCAGAUGUGGAGCAGCAGAGGAACAAGAACCUGUCCUGGCUCUGGAGGAGCAGCCGGGCGCUCUAUCCCAGCAUCUACCUGCCCCUCUGCCUCAAUGGCACCCGCAAGGUUCUCCCCUACGUGCGGCACCGCGUGGCCGAGGCCUUCGCUGUCCAGCAGGGAGUCCUCACCAGUGCCAUCCCCGUCCUGCCCUACUCCCAGAUUGCCUUCGAGCACACUCUGCACUUCCUUUCCCAGGAGGACCUGGUGAACACCAUCGGGGAGAGCGCGGCUCAGGGUGCUGCUGGCAUCAUCUUCUGGGGCAGCCUGGACUACAGCACCUCCAAGGAGAUGUGCCUGAGGCUGAAGGACUACGUGGAGGGUCCCCUGGGCCACUACAUUGUCAAUGUGACAGCCAGUGCUGACCUGUGCAGCCAGAGCCUGUGCUCUGGCCAGGGCCGCUGUGUGCGCCGGGACAAGCAGCAGGGCUACCUGCACCUGGACCCCUCCCGCUUCUCCAUCAACCUGCGGGCUGCCAAGCCCUGGCUGGUGACACAGAGCCUGGAGCCUGGGGAGGACAUCUCCAAACUGGCCAAGGAGUUCAGCUGCCAGUGCUAUGACAAGUGGCAGGGACCCCGCUGUGACACCCAGGGCUUGGCCAAGUGA